AAAGAGUUCUGCUCUACUUCACCUUUAGUCCAUUUCGAUCGCCAAAUUAAACAUUCGGAAUUAAACUUAAAUUUCAACAAGAAACUAAAGAGUCAUAUAAAUUUAUAAGAAAAUAGAAUUUAUAAAAAGAUAUGGAAAACAAUUUAAUUGCUUAGGUGUAAACUAUGUCAUAUAGUUGAAUUACACUAUCGAAAUCUGAAAGCUUUAUUCAAGAAGUAACAAUAAGCAGACGAGAACGUACUAAACAAAUAUUGAGGUUUAAUUUCAAUGGCGGUAAUUUCUAUGGAUAAUCAAGGGAUAUCAACUUUGGUUAUUCCUGAUAGCGGUCUUUGUCAGGGUUUACAUGCUCAAUUUUCAUCUAGAAACAGUUUUUUAGUGUAUGGCACGGGUAAAAUAGCAGAUGUCAAUGCAACUCAAUAUCUUCAUGAAGUUACUCCCAUACCAUCUGUAUUUAAUGAUUACGUUCGUAAACUUGUAAACGAAACUCACAGUAUCUUCUUGUCUUUUAAUUCAAGAAUUGGUAAAUUUUCUGAAGAUCAAAGGCGAUUAGAAAUUGUAAGAAUUAGCCAACAGUACCGUUCUGUGAUUUUAGCCUGUGUUGAGGAUUUACAUCAUGCUUCACAAACAUCUCAGGAUGAAGAAUUGCUUGAUCUUCUUCAAAUGUUUUCAGAUAUUGAACUUCUGUGGAAUCUACUUCACACCCUAAUACUUGAUACUCCAACUGGUACACGUGUGCUAUAUAAAUUGAUAGAUUGGAUUAAAUGGCAUUUUGUAGAUGCCCAAAAGAAACGUGAGGAACUUAUGCAAACAGAGGAACCAUCUUUACAUCCAGAUUACUGGGACACUAUUAUUCAGUUCCUACUUCAGGGGAAUAUACCAGUGGCCCGUUCAUUGCUGUCUACCCAUAAGAAGUACAACAGGGAAGAUUAUGCUUGCCUUGACGAUUUGAUGAGAAAAAUGCCCAUGUAUAAUGCAAAUUGUAUGAUUUCUUUGAAUGAAUUUCGUGUUAGAUGGAAACAAUGGCAGGAAGAAUGUAGAGUUAGACUCGAGAGAGAAGAGUUUUCUUCUGAUGAGAAUCUGGAAAAAAUUUGCCAGCUUUUGUGUGGAGACUUGGAAGUGCUUAGUGAGAAAAGUUAUUUGUGUCGUAAUUGGUACCAUCUAAUGGUUUCUGUACUUUUGUAUACGAAUCCAUGUAUAAAUGUCUCAGAAUUAGCUGAUACAGCGAGAACUUACUACAACAAUGUAACUUGUGACUCGUGGAAUAAAUCUAAUACUGUAGAUUCAGUGAUAUUAGCUGCUAUGGAAUUAGAUCUAAAGAAUGUCAUUGCUUUGAUAUGUACAUUUAAUGAUGGAUGGUGGUUUGCUACUCAUCUCAUGGAUCUUUUUUCUCAUGGGGAUUUCAUUGAAAAUAGUGCUGGACAAAAUGGACAAAGUGCAAAUUUUAGAAAGUACCUAUUGAGAAAUUAUGGAGAAAAUCUUAUGUGCCAUCCAAGUUUGUGGCAAAUUGGAAUUGACUAUAUUGAUCACAGUGAUAUAAGUUGUGAAGUAUAUCUUGAAAGAAUACCAUUGAAAACUGAAGCUCAGGCUCGUAAAGUAUUGUAUUUGGCAAAAAAACGAAAUUUGACCAGUCUAGUGAAAACAGUUUCUAAUGUUAUGACUUCUAAGGCAAUGGCAAAAGGAAAACUUGGAACUGCUUUAACAUGGGUUAUGUAUUCUAAGAAUGUCCGGUACGCAGAUGAAAUAGCUGAUAGGUGGCUGAAAGAUUAUGCUGAUCGUGGAAAAGGUGAAGGCUUUGAAAUUUUUAGAAACAUGGGCUCUUGUAUGCUGGUCAGUGAUAAGUUGACAUUUGUUGGAAAAUAUUGUGAAUUCCAUAAAUUGUAUGAAGACCAAGAUUUAAAGGCAGCUGCAACGUUACUGAUUUCUUUGAUAGCAUCAGGAUUAGCUCCACCUAAUUUUCAAUUGAUUCUGCUUCUGGAUGCACUUCCUUUAUUGGAAGCUCCAGUUUCAAUAUUCUCUCAGAAAGAUACCUAUCGCCUCAUGGAAUGUUUAGAAGAAUCUAAGAAAAAUUCAAUUAAGGAUCCGAGUGAACAAGAAAACAUAAUUAGACUAGCAUUGAUUAGAAACUUAGCUCGUUGCUUCCUGGUAGAGACUGUUGAUUCUGAAUCAGAAGAAGAAUUUUAACAACAGCUUUUUUUUUCUUCUUACUUUGUAAAUUUUAUAUGUUUUUAUACUUUUGUAUUAAAUUAUUUAUGGAGAA